UAUUAUAAACUGAAACUCCGAGAGAGAGAGAGAGAGAGAGAGAGAAUCUGAAUCCAGAUUUUCUUACAAUCCAAACACACAGUCUCUGUAAAAAGCAUCUCGUAUUUUCUCACGAAACAAAUGAAUACGACGUCGUUUUCUAUUUCAGGAGACGAUAAAUAAGGUACGGACAGUUUUUAUUUUUAUUUUUUGGGGCUCCUUCACCAGACCUGUAAAGAACUCGAUUUGUAGGGUUUCGAGUUAGGUCUUUUUAGCUGUUAGAUUAGAAUGAUAUCUGUUAUGAAGGGCGACAGUGAAUUCGAUAGAAAAUCUGAUGCUAAUGCUGAGGAAGAAGUUGAGGCGAAACCUAGAGUUUCAGAUGAUAAUGUUGUUGGUAGUUCAAAUAAAGAUGAGAAUUUGUUAAAAUCGGGAGUGGAUAAUGAAGUUAGGCUAGCUCCGGAGAGUGGAAGAUCUGAGGAGGUUAAAGUUAGGGUUAGGGCUUCUUCAGAGAGUGGUAAUAAUGGUAAUAGUACAGAUAAUGAAAUGGAAUCUGGGUCUUUUGAAGUUGAGGAGAACAGAGUGAGUGUUAAUCAAAUUGAUAGACGAAAUAGUGACCAUUUUGAGGCUGGAAAUGAUAGAUUUGACGAUAAAAGUGAUAGAAUUGUGAGUAAUGUCUCAAGGGUUGAGGGGCAUGGAGAGGCAUAUAAUUCUUUGCUGUCAGAGUUUGAUGAUUUUGUGGCCAACGAAAAGAUGAACGUGGGGACAUCGAGGUUGUUGAGUUAUGGUUUUGAAGUGGGUGAUAUGGUAUGGGGAAAGGUCAAAUCGCAUCCAUGGUGGCCGGGGCAUAUAUUCAAUGAAUCUUUUGCAACUUCGUCGGUGUGUCGCACAAGGAGCGAUGGCCAUGUAUUGGUUGCUUUCUUUGGAGAUAGUAGUUAUGGGUGGUUUGACCCGGCUGAGCUUAUUCCUUUUGACCUCCAUUUUGCGGAGAAAUCACAGCAAACAUACUCUAGGACUUUUGUUAAGGCUGUGGAGGAAGCGGUGGAUGAGGCAAGUAGAAGGCGUGGUCUUGGAUUGGCAUGUAAGUGUAGGAACCCAUAUAAUUUUCGGCCUACUAAUGUUCAAGGGUACUUUACAGUUGAUGUGCCGGAUUUUGAGCCUGGAGGGCUUUAUUCGGCUAAUCAGAUUAAGAAGGCAAGAGAUGGGUUUCGGCCUCCUGAGACUCUUUCCUUUGUCAAGCAAUUGGCAUCAGCACCACGAGGUUGUGAACAGACGAGCAUUGAUUUUAUUAAGAAUAAGGCUACUGUUUUUGCUUUUCGUAAGGCAGUGUUUGAGGAGUUUGACGAGACUUACGCUCAAGCUUUUGGUGUGCAGCCAGCACGCCCUUCUCGGGAUCGGGGUGCCUUAUUAGAUCAGUCUGUUAGACAGCCAACUAGAGCUCCUUUGAGUGGUCCUAUGGUAUUUGCUGAAACUCUGGGUGGUGGGAAGAAAAAGUCUAUGAAGGCCAAAGACCUGUCAAAGAAAGACAAAUAUGUUUUGAAGCGAAGGGAUGAACCAGGUGACUCAAGAACUAAUCAGAUUAGCCAAGGGCCUGAAAUUUUAUCAAGCCCAUCUGCCGUCAUGGAGGGAUCAUCAACAUUGGCAGCUGGACAUUAUGUGUUGCAGAAGAGGGCUCCAGCAGCUCAUACAGCAGUAAAACUAGAAGAAACUGGGUUUAUAAGCAAGGACAGUCCAGGUUCAAGCGGGGAUGUAUCUGGAAAAGAAACCACAAGCAGAGAUCACGCCCCACCCUUCGCUGGUACUCCUACCAUCCAAGUUACUGCUUUAGAUGUAAGAUCAUCUCCAGAUAUCCAUGAAAUGAAAGAGAGGGUGGAGCCAGGUUUUGUUUUGGGCUCCACUAGCAGAGAUGGAUCUGAUAUGUUAGAAAAGGUGGUCCCAGGUUUGAUGGAGGGUGCAUGGCCAUCUUCUAAACGGGAAGAUGAGGUUAUGGUUGACUUUAAAAAUGAAGAGAGUGCAAAACUGUCCAGAUCGAAAGAAGGCUAUCAGCAAUCUGAGCAAAGUUUCUCCGCAAGAGGGGAAGGAGGUCAUGGGUUAGAUCUAGUUCAGGACAGUCGCCCAAGUGUUAAUCCUUUGUCAAUUGAUGCAAAGCAUUCUGUUGGAGUUAGUCCUGAUGGUAAAAUUAAAAAGCCUAAAGCUCUUAAGCGGCCUCUGGUGGACAUGAGCUCUUCAAACUCUCUGAUGGGGGAUCAAAAGAAGAAGAAAAAGAAAAAGGAGCUUGGCUUGAAAGUAGGUUCUGAUAAUCAGCAGAAGCGUUUGACCGUUGGAAAAGGUGGGAUUGCAGUUGGGAAGGUGACGAAAAAAUCUUCUCAGGUUGGUUGGACUUCUAGGGAAGAUUCACGGGUUAAUAAUCAGAGAAAAGAUGUUGGUGAUGGUAAUUCAGAAUUGACUUCAGUUGGGACCAUGCCAAGAGUUAGCAUGGAGAAUGCUGAAGUUGGGCUUCCGCAGUUAUUGAAUGAUUUACAUGCUCUUGCUCUUGAUCCCUUUCAUGGUGUGGAAAGGAAUUGCCCUGCAAUUAUUCGGCAGUGCUUUCUGCGGUUCAGAUCCCUUGUAUACCAAAAAAGCUUGGUUCUAUCACCGCCAUCUGAGACUGAGCCUGUUGAUACUCGUGGUGCAAAAUCUUCGUCCGGUGUUGCUCCCAGUGAGAAUGUCAGAGAUUUGCCAGCAUCAAAACCAAUGAAACACCUAGCCAGACGUGAUGAUCCUACAAAGGCUGGGCGAAAACGUCUUCCAUCUGAUCGCCAGGAAGAAAUUGCUGCAAAGCGAUUAAAAAAGAUUAGUCAUAUGAAAUCAUUGACCACAGAUAAGAAGUCUGGACAGAGGACAUCGGAUGACCAGCGAAUAGAGGGCAAAGAACAUGCGACUAUUCCUCCAGCGAAGCCCGCCAGACCUGAUAAUAUAAAGAAAUUAGAGCAUCCAGCCAGAGCCGUGGAGCCCACUAUGUUGGUGAUGAAGUUUCCUCCAGGGACAUCGCUUCCAUCUGCCGCUGAGCUUAAGGCUAGAUUUGGUCGUUUUGGGUCAAUAGAUCAAUCAGCUAUCCGUGUUUUCUGGAAAUCUUCAACAUGUCGAGUUGUGUUCCGCUACAAAGCUGAUGCGCAGGCAGCAUGUAAAUAUGCGAAUGGAAACAAUGCCCUGUUUGGCAACGUGAAUGUGAGAUACAUUGUUCGGGAGGUAGAAGCUCCUGCAGCAGAAGCACCUGACACUGACAAAAGCCGAGGGGAUGACCCUCCCGUUGAGACCGUACGUAUCAAGGAUCCCAUGCUUGAUCGACCAACACAUGCACCUCUCCCGCAGACAACAAUCCAGCUGAAGUCGUGUUUGAAGAGACCAACAGGCGAAGAAGCUGGGCAGGUAACAGGUGGUAAUGGCAAUAGAGGGACAGCUCGUGUAAAAUUCAUGUUGGGUGGGGAAGAAAGUAGUAGGAAAGAGCCAUUGAUGGUUGGUAAUAGAAACAACUUCAACAACAAUGCUACUUCUUUUGCUGAUGGUGGUGCUUCUUCUUCUGUUGCAAUGGAUUUUAAUAGUAAGAACUUUCAAAAGGUUAUCGUUCCUCCAUUUUCAUCACCUAUUCCUCCGACCCCUCAAUUUGCAAAACCACAAUUUAAUAAUUCACAUCAUACUGAAGUAGUAGCAGCGCCCAGAAAUUCUCACAAUCUUAAUACACCCACAGUCCCACCACCCAGUGCACCAACCAUCGAUAUUUCACAGCAGAUGUUAAGCCUUUUGACAAGAUGCAACGAUGUUGUAACCAAUGUUACUGGAUUACUAGGCUAUGUGCCUUACCAUCCUCUUUGAUUUGGGCAAUACAAUAGCCAGAUUAUUAAAGAUGGGAUCACACUAAAAUGCUGCCAAUAGCAUUCAUGUUCAGAGCUGCAUCGUGAUAUUUUGAGUUCUGGAAGUGCAGCAGAGCAAACCGAACCCCAAAGCAAGGACUCGGGGGAUCAUUUUGCUGUGAAAAAAAAAAAGAGGCAAAUUUUAAGGAAUCCAUAAUGAGGCAUUUGGGAUUCAAAAAGAGAAACACUCAUGUACUGAUAUUUUGAUAGUGCGUGCCUGCAAUCCAUCUGCUUUGUAUUUCCUUAAUUUAUGAGACCUUUUGUGGCAUACAUAUGGGCCAGCUGAGCUUGUACCUGUACUGCGAAUGGUGAAAAUUUUUGGUCUUGUAGUUUCGUUUGGUUGAUUUGAUUUGAUUAUUAUGCCUCAUCUACCCAUCUAAGAGUCAAUUAUGAAGACUCUAUAAGAGUCUUCAUAACUUGCCCCUUGAUCACCAUUUCAAUUUGCUGA